AUGAACAGCAGAGAAAGUCAAAGAGAAAUAAAUCCGAAACGUAUUAAAAAGAAAAGAAGAAAAGAUGAUGAGGCUAGUUCGACUAGUAGCGAUACUGGUAUAUAUUGUUGGUACAAUUAUAAUAUACAUACGAUACUAAAUUGGUUAUUUAAUUUAGAUAUAAAUCGAAAUAUGGAUGAUUCACAAUCUUUUAUGUCUAAAAAUACUGUAAAACAAAAGCAUCCAAUUUUGAAUACUUCAUCUUUAAUUAGAAAUUAUUCAUCUGGUAGUCCUGAAGGCUUUUAUGUCCAGCAUUUGUUGGCGUCUAAUGACAUAUCACUUUUUCAAAAAGAAGCCAUUCACCUGAAAGUACUUAUGAUCGACAUUCACCAACAUAUAAUAUCACCCCAUCUCUCAGCCAUACAAGAUUAUGAUCAACAGCCUACAUCUCCUUUAAUUGGACCAUUUAAAAGUGAUCUUGAUGUUUGUCUAUAUUUAGUACAACAUCCACAAAUUGUUGAAUUGGCAUUAAGCAUGAUGAAAGCAGGUGGUCAGGAGUCUCUAAUUAAUCAGGGUAAGACUGAUAAAUUCGAUGCACUUCCAGAAAGGAAAGCAACCCAAAAGGUUGUAUUACGAAAACGUAUCAAUUCUAAAAUUCAAGUUUUGAGUUCACAAGAGAGUUCAUCCGAUGUAAGUCAGUUUAAUAAUGACGAUUUCGACUUUACAGCUUCGCAUGACUUGAAUAGCACUUCAAAUAUGUUGAGUAGAAGUGACCAUCUUAUUAAUGACGAUUUCGACUCUACGGCUUCGCAUGCGUUGAAUAGUGUUUCAGAUAUGUUGAGUAGCAGUAACCAACUUAUUAGUGACGAUUUUGAAUGCAGUUUUUCUACAACUUCAGAUGCAUCGAAAUGUGUACAAACCCUAGUAGAUGGCGGAAUUAAUUUUCAGCCGCUGUCUGGAGAAUAUGGCCCUUAUUUUAAAAACUUUACGGAGAUGGCGUGUUUUACUUGGGUUACUAAACAUUUGAUAAGUAAGUAUAUUGAUGGAAA